UGUGUUCGCAGAUCGACUGAUUUAUUCAAAAGAAUCAGUUCAAAUAAACGACUCACUCACUCGAACAUCGUAGUCUUUUGCAGCACUUACAAGAUGGCAGCCACCUUCGGGCGACUUCUCGGGAGUUCUGCCACAAGAACGGCAGUUAAUGGACUGAGGACCUUGGCCUCUCUGAAUGGGGCGUCAGUGAUCAGGGCUUCAAGAGCCCUCCCUUGUCCUGCUGUACAGAAAGCCUGCUUCUCCAUCAAUGCUGCUAAAUGGGCACCAGCAGUCACUCAGCAUGCCCCACACUUCAAGGGUACAGCAGUCCACAAUGGAGAAUUCAAGGAGAUCAGUCUAGAUGACUACAAGGGCAAAUAUCUAGUCCUGUUUUUCUACCCACUUGAUUUCACAUUUGUCUGCCCAACUGAGAUCAUCUCGUUCAGUGAUAAGGCCAGCGAAUUCCACGAUGUUAACUGUGCGGUGGUGGGUGUUUCUGUGGACUCUCACUUCACUCACCUGGCUUGGACCAACACUCCUAGAAAGAGUGGAGGACUAGGCAAAAUCCACAUCCCCCUGCUGGCCGAUCUCAACAAACAGGUCUCUAGAGACUAUGGCGUCCUACUGGAGGGUCCAGGAAUAGCUCUGAGGGGACUGUUCAUCAUUGAUCCUAAUGGUGUAAUCAGACACAUGAGCGUCAAUGACCUUCCAGUGGGGCGCUCUGUUGAGGAGACAUUGCGUCUCGUAAAGGCCUUCCAGUAUGUGGAAACACAUGGAGAGGUCUGUCCAGCCAGCUGGACCCCGAAAUCACCUACGAUAAAGCCAACUCCCAAGGGCUCAAAGGAAUACUUUGAAAAGGUUAACUAAAAUAACCUUGUCAGAUCCACUCUGCUUGUAAUGGAUAUAAAAUGAAGGCACUUAAUAAUAUUGUGCUUCAACUGGUAAUGCACACUGUUAAAGAUAUAGUUUCAUUCUGGUAUAUGUAUCAAACAUACUAGCAGUUAACAAUCACAGUUUCUAUUUUUGUUCUGUGUAUUUGGCAAGUUGUCUCAAUAAAAUCGACGCUGACAGUGA